CCCCUUCCCCUUGCUCUCGCGAUGCUUGGUCGUUCGCCGCCGCUCCAGUCGUUCCCUCGGAGCUGGAUGCAGAGACAGAGAGCGGGCGGCUGGCGACAGGGCGAGGGAAGGGGAAAAGAUGGAGACAGCGGUGGAGCCUGCAGGGCUACGGCUCAACACACUCUCGAACCCAGCCUCCCCUGAGCUCUUAGAAAUACAGGGCUAGCAAGUGCAUGCGAAAGCCAUCCCCUUCAAAUUCUUCUAUCAAGAUUGUUGUCAUUUAGAUUUGGGAAUCAUUUUUGAGCACACAUCCUUUUAAGCAACACACCAAAGUGUGCAAUUUAUAAAAUGUGCCUGGUCGACACUGUUUGGCAUUGGAUUGGGAGAGAAAUUGGAACAAAUCGUGUUUUGAUCAAAUGUAAAUCACGAUUCCGGCAUUAAUGAACAAAUUAAUUUUUAGCGGAGACCAUGCCAGGGAUAGUGAUCUUUAGGCGGCGCUGGUCAGUGGGGAGUGAUGACUUGGUGCUGCCGGGAAUCUUCCUCUUCCUCAUUCACACUACCUGGUUUGUAGUGCUUGCUGUAGUGCUAUUCGGCUUGACCUACAGCCCCCAAGAGCCAUGUUCACUCAACUUAGUAGAUCAUGGUAGAGGUUAUUUAGGCAUUCUCAUCGCUUGUAUGAUAUCUGAGGCAGCAAUAAUCUGGCUGAGUAUGCGAGGCAGCAUUCUUUACACAGAGCCACGAGAUUCAAUGCAGUACAUUCUGUACAUCCGAAUGGCAAUAGUGCUAAUAGAAUUUGCAUAUGCAAUCAUAGGAAUUGUCUGGUUAGCACAGUACUAUCACUCUUGCAAUGACACCACUGCAAAGAAUGUUACCCUGGGAAUUGUAGCCUGUAAUUGGGUUGUUAUUCUGAGCGUCUGCAUCACUGUAAUGUGUGUCUUUGACCGAACGGGAAGAACGUUUGUGAAACUUCACGCAACCAAACGGCGUCAACGAAAUCUCCGAACAUAUAAUUUACGUCAUCGGUUGGAAGAAGAACAGGCUAGUAGCUGGAGUCGACGACUGAAAUUCUUCCUUUGCUGCACCAGGACGAAGGAUACCCAGAGUGAUGCCUAUUCUGAAGUUGCUUUUCUUUUUGCUGAGUUCUUCCGAGACUUGGACAUUGUGCCCUCUGACAUCAUUGCUGGUCUUGUAAUGUUGCGGCAAAGACAGAGGGCUAAACGAUUUGCUGUCUUAGAUGAGGCAAAUAAUGACAUUUUGGCCUUUCUAUCGGGAAUUCCAGUUACCAGAAAUACAAAGUACCUUGACUUGAAAAAUGCCCAAGAAAUGCACAUGUAUAAGGAAGUGUGCUACUACAUGCACUUUGCACUGGCUGCCUACGGCUGGCCCUUGUAUUUAAUGCAAAACCCAACCUGUGGAAUCUGCAAACUGGCCAGCUCAUGCUCGUGUUGCUCUUUUUGUCAUCCUUUGCGAGCCAGGUAUGUGCCAAGUGUGACAGUUGAAGAAGACAACUGUUGCAAUUGCAAUGUCAUUGCCAUCAAACGUCACUUUCUGGAUGAGAAUUUUUCAUCAGUAGACAUCGUAUAUACUUCUUGCCACGAUGCGGUAUUUGAGACGCCAUUUUAUGUUGCUGUAGAUCAUAUGAAGAAAAAGGUGGUGAUCAGUAUUCGGGGGACGCUUUCACCAAAGGAUGCUCUGACUGAUUUGACUGGGGAUGCUGAACGAUUGCCAGUAGAGGGACAUCAUGGAACUUGGCUUGGUCAUAAGGGGAUGGUUCUAUCUGCUGAAUAUAUUAAAAAGAAACUGGAACAGGAGAUGAUUCUCUCUCAAGCCUUUGGCCGUGACCUGGGGAAAGGGACCAAGCAUUAUGGGUUAGUUGUGGUUGGACAUUCUUUAGGAGCUGGAACAGCAGCUAUUCUUUCCUUCCUGCUCAGACCACAGUAUCCUACUCUACGCUGUUAUGCUUACUCUCCACCUGGGGGUCUACUUAGUGGCGAUGCAAUGGAAUAUUCCAAGGAGUUUGUGACAUCCGUUAUCUUGGGGAAGGAUCUGGUGCCAAGACUUGGGUUGUCUCAGCUAGAAGUCUUUCGGAGACACCUGCUGGAUGUGCUACAGAAGAGCAAUAAACCCAAGUGGAGAAUUAUCGUGGGCGGCACCAAGUGUAUUCCUAAAUCGGAACUGCCAGGGGAUGAAGAUAUAACUACCAAUCAGGGUAACAGACAGUGGGCCUAUCCCAGUGACCUUACUAUUGCACUUUCUGCCAGUGUUCCACUCUACCCUCCAGGCCGAAUCAUUCAUGUAGUUCACAACCAUCCGGAGGAACAGUGUUGUUGUGGACAGGAAGAAUCGACUUAUUAUGCGAUAUGGAGUGACAACAAGACAUUGGAUGAGGUCAUAAUUUCUGCUGCCAUGCUGAACGAGCACAUGCCUCAUAUCGUCAUGGAUGGACUUAACAAGGUUCUAGCGAAUUAUAACAAAGGCAAGACAGCUUUACUUGGAGCAGCAAAGGUAAUGGUCAGCCCAACAGAGGUGGAUUUGAAUCCUGAUAUGAUUGUGCAGCAGCAGCCCCAACUAUCAGAACAUGGAGAUCAAAGGAGGAACAGCAGUGUAAACAGCAAGUCAAAAGCUGAAAUAAGCUUUGAAGACCUCUACCAGACAAAACAGAAUGUUCAGUGCCAAAGCGAUCCCGUUGAGUUGCUACUAAUGAACACCAAGGAUAGGCUGGUGACCGAGACAGAGGAGCGGAGGGCUCCACUUGCCACCAUGGAGAGUCUUUCUGACAACGAGUCAGUCUACAGUUUUGAUUCUCGCCGAUCCUCGGGAUUUCGCAGCAUCAGGGGCUCUCCAAGUCUGCACGUCGUAAUGGAGAAAGACGAGUCGCCUUGUUUCUACAUUGAUCCAGCAAUUCCAGAGGAGAACCCCUCUCUUAGUUCCCGAACUGAGUUACUUGCUGCAGAUAGUUUAUCUAAACAUUCACAGGAGGUACAACCAUUCGAUCCACUGCAGAACAGCUGUUACUCUCUGCCCAGCCCCCUGCAAGCAGAUUUUGGUGAGCUGGAAUACAAACAAAGCGCAGAAGUGGAAGAUGAUAGCUUCUCAGACACAUUGCUAAUGGAAGACGAGAGCAAAGAGUGGACGGGGAGCCUGCGAGAGGUGCCGAGUCCACAAGUGCUUGAAUUUGCCGAGUUUAUAGACAGCCUUUUCAAUUUGGAUGGGAAAAGCAGCUCCUUCCAAGACAUUUAUCAUUUGGUACUUGAAGACAACUUAGAAGAAUAUAAUGAAAUUCCCAAGUCAGUAAGUGAGCACGAGAUUCUGAAGCGGGCACAGUUUGAACCCAAUUUGGUGCCAAAACCACCCCGUUUGUUUGUCGGAUCGGCAGAUGCUGGGACCUCAUCUGGGAUCUCGGUGUCGCCUUCCUUUCCAUUUAGUUCUUCAGGAGAACUGAUGGACAUUACUCCAACCGGCAUUAGCAGCCAGGAGUGCCUGACUAUGGAUACAAAGUUGAGAACUUCAACUCCAGCAGACAACCAAUCCAACUCUAAUAAGCCUGCAGAACUUAUCAUCUCAGCUCUAUAGAACCCCGGUCAAGUACUGAUUGAGCAUGCUAAUUAUAUGGUGUUUUCCUUAAAGAGUAGGACUGUGAAAUUUUAAGAGUAAUAGUAAACCACUUGAGCCCAAAAUGGCAAAAUGUUGGUAUUGAACCAGUAUAAAAGACUCAAGAAAUAAAGACCUGAUCUUACUGGUAAUUAUCAUGCUGAGGGAUGUUAAAAUGUAGUUAACCUGCACUUUCACCAUCCAAUUUAUUUUUAAUCUCUUGGUAUCAUAUAGGAUUAAGAAAUAUAAAAUAGAUCAUGAAACUAAUGUUGAUGUUUAAUUAUCAUGCAAAGGAGAAUAUCUUUUUUUUAAAUUAAAUGUUGUGAUGUGGAAGUCACAGGUAAGAUCUCCA